CCUUCGGCCUAAAACCCUAAUCAUCGAACUGGUGCGCCGCCGGCAGCCCCUCUAUCCAUUCUUUCCUUUGGUCUUUCCUGAUCUAAUCGCUUCUGACAUUCUGCAGCGUUGGUCGAUAGCGUCACGGUCCAUAUCGUUCGAUUCCAGCAAAUACAAUGGCCGCGGAAGACAUUGCUGCCGAAUCAUCUGCUCCUGUGCUUGGAGAACCCAUGGAUUUGAUGACUGCUCUGCAACUGGUGAUGAAGAAAUCUCUGGCUCAUGAUGGGCUUGUUCGCGGUCUUCAUGAAGCUGCAAAGGCAAUCGAGAAGCAUGCGGCACAGCUCUGCAUUCUGGCUGAGGAUUGCAACCAGGCUGACUAUGUCAAGCUGGUUAAGGCUCUUUGUGCUGAUCACAACGUGCACUUGGUCACUGUGCCUAGUGCUAAAACUCUUGGCGAGUGGGCUGGGCUGUGCAAGAUUGACUCAGAGGGAAAGGCAAGGAAAGUGGUGGGCUGUUCAUGCGUCGUCGUUAAGGAUUAUGGUGAGGAGUCAGAGGGCCUUCACAUAGUUCAGGAGUAUGUGAAGUCACACUGAGUGGCAUCAGCAGUUUAUCUCUAGUUUACGGUUCCUUAAAUGUCACGAGCACUUGCAUUAUCGAGAAACAUUCAACAUUUGAAGUUUUGUAGUUGAUUGGCAUUGAUGGUUAUUCCCUUGUGAACCUCGUGAUUGAUUUGUCAUGACAAUCUUCACUUAUCACUUUUUUUUCCCAAAUUUUCAUGAGAAUUUUAAUUUCUUGGGAGUAGAA